UAGCUGCGCUAUGAAAUAUAUAAAGAAAGAUUUUUAUUUUUAUAAAUGAUAAAUUUAGGUUUUUAUUGUUACUUAUUACUUUUCUUAACACUAUUGUUCUUCAUUUGGUUCCCCGCCUCUACAUUUUUCACCUAUUUUGAUGUCUUCUAAUGAAAAUCUUGGUCCAUUGGUAAGUGGCAAUUCUUAUUUAAAAAAUGUAUUGUCUCCAUUUAAAAGUAACUUAAAUGUUGCUCACAUAAACUGCAGAAGCAUUCGGCCUGUUACCAAGCUGGAUGAAUUGAAGAAUCUUUUGGGAAAUAAUAAUACUUUUGAUAUUCUAGCAGUUACUGAAACAUGGCUUGUUCCUGAUAUAUUAAAUUCAGCAGUUUCUAUUCCGGGGUACUAUUUCUGUCGUGGUGAUCGUGAAAUACCAGGUAGGGGUGGUGGUGUCGGAAUUUACUUAUCCAAGGGUCUCCCUUUUAGACAUGUUUUUAAAUCUUCAGUUCGCCAUUGUGAAUCAUUGUUUUUAGAAUUACAAUUCCAGAGCACUAAAGUUCUUUUUGGUGUAAUUUAUUUGCCUACUGGUGAUAUUGAUUUAUUUGAAAGUCUACACUGUAACAUUUUUGAGGAAUAUAAUAAUAUUGUACUUUUUGGUGACUUCAACUUCAAUUUGUUUAACCCAACUAAGGCAAUAAUUUUUCGUAGACUUUGUACUCGAUUAAAUUUGAGUAUUAUUCAUAACUCCAAGCCUACACACUUCGACCUAGGUAGCCGGUCUACGUCCUUGAUAGAUUUUAUGCUAACCAGUGAUUUUUCUAUUGUAGCUUAUUCUGAUCAGAUUCAAUGUCCUGCUAUAUCAGACCACGCGUUAAUUUUUGCAUCACUUUCGAUAAGUUUUAGCAGCUUGCCUGAUUUUGUUGAAUACAGGAACUUUAACAAUAUUGAUUGGAAUGGCAUAUGGAACUUUCUUGCUUCAUACGAUCCAAAUUUGGUUUUUAGUAGUGUUGGUGUGGAUGCCAAAUGUGCCAGCAUAACUUCUCUUUUGGAUUCCCUAUACUCGUUUGUUCCGGUGGUUAGGAAAAAGAUCAAACACUCAGUUGAUCCCUGGAUGAAGUCUAUUGAUGUAAGAUUUGCUGUGUCUUUAAGGGAUUUGGCCUUCUCGUCUUUUCAGAAUGAACGAACACAAGAACACUGGCGAAUCUACUGCAAAUAUCGAAAUCGUGCGAAAGCUAUAAUACGCAGAUGUAGAAGAUAUCACUAUUCCAGGCUUUUUAAUGGAAUAAAUUCUCGUGGUCUAUGGAAAGCGUUAAGAGGAUCUGGAUGUGUGGUUCUUCUUCGAAUACUCCUGUUAUGCCCCUAAAUUUGGAAAGUUUUACGGACUCAGACUCAUCUUUCACUUUUCGUUGUGUGGAUGAAUCUGAAUUUAUAGAAGCUUUAUGCAGCGUAAAGUCUAAAUCAAUAGGUGUUGAUGGGAUUCCUAUUGCAUUUAUAAAGAAGGUUUUUCCUUACAUUUCCAACCUGAUUUUGGACUUAGUUAAUUGCAUAUUAACUACAUCUACAUUCCCCCAUCAUUGGAAAGCUGCUAGAGUGGUACCGAUUCCUAAAUGUCGUUCGGUCAGAGAACCAUGUGAUCUAAGGCCUAUAUCAAUUUUACCAGCUCUAUCAAAGGUUGUGGAGUCCAUUAUUAAGAAACAAAUGCUUGAGUAUUGUUCUCAAAGAAUUACUGAAUCUCAGUAUGCUUUCCGUAAAAGAUACAAUACCACACAUUUGCUUCUUAAAUUGACUGAUUCUAUUCGUGGACACAUUAACAAUGACAAGUUAUGUGUUCUAGUUGCAUUAGAUUUGUCUAAAGCAUUCAAUUCUCUUGAUCAUUGCCUUCUUAUAUGGAAGCUUAAAUAUAAUUUUGGUUUUUCCAAAUCAGCAUGUAUGCUUAUUCUUUCUUACUUACAAGAUAGAACCCAAUUUGUUAUGUUAAAUGGUGUCAUGUCAAAUACUUGCUCUUUAUUUUCCGGUGUACCCCAAGGAUCUGUCCUUGGCCCACUGCUUUUCAUUUUAUAUGUCAAUGAUCUCCCGCUACAUGUAAACUCAUCAGCUUGUGAAACGUAUUUGUUUGCUGAUGAUAUUUUUAUCCUCUUCAAUGGUUGUCGUGAAUUUCCAAUGUUACUUGAGAAUGACAUUAAUGUUUAUCUGAGAUGCUUUGUUGAUUGGGCAGCGAGAAAUUCAUUAAAUAUUAACUCAUCUAAAACCAAGGCUUUGGAUUUUAGAUUUAGUAACAGAUCUGUACACCUACUAAAUAUAUUUAUUGGUCAAGACAAAGUUGAUUUUGUUCACCAGCAUAAGUGCCUUGGAGUUACAAUUGAUUGUGAACUUUCCUUCAAACAUCAUAUUGAUACUUUAAUGGGUAGAGUAUAUAGCGUUUUACGUCAGAUUUAUUCGUCAAACAUGUACUUAACACAAAAUGUAAAACAUACUUUAGCAAGUUCUCUAUUGAUGACACAAGUCUUGUACGGUAUUGAGGUAUUUUCUGGAACUGUUGCUUCAAAUAUAAAUAGGCUAAAGCGUAUUGUUAACAUAAUUACACGUUUUGUAUAUAAUCUACGACGUGGCAGUCAUGUAUCUAGUCAUGUUAUACGUUUUCUGGGGUGUUCCUUUGACAUGUUUAUUAAAUACCGCUGCUUAUUACUUUUUUAUAACGUUAUUAAAAAUAAUGUCCCUUACUCAUUUAGAACGUCCUUUACCUUUACUCAUUCAUCCAGAAACCCACAGAUUUUUAUACCUAGAAUCUUUAAAAAUGUUUUUGCUAGAUCGUUUUUGGUCAGAGUUGCGAGAUGUUGGAAUACACUUCCACUCGAAUUACGCAUAUUCUCCCAGAGUAACAAUGCUUUUCGCCUCAAGAUUUUGCAAUUAUUUCUAAACACAUCUUAGUUGUGUCUAAAUCUAGUUUAUGGUAAAUGUAUUAUAUAAUACACAACUUAAGAAUUAAGAUGCCGCUUACUGAAUAUUUUAUGUAGUAAAAUAGUUUAAUUUGUUUUAAUGGCUGGGGAGCCAACUUUUCUUUUCUUUUUUGAAUAUUAGAGUAAAAGUAGAAAUAGUUUUAAAUAAAUU